UUUGAAACUCACAGUUUAUCUGUUUACAGAAUUUGACAUGCAAAACAGUAGAGAGGAAAUGCACUGCCAAUAUGCUCUUUUCAAUUCACUAUAUCACUUGGUUUCUUUUUCACCUCCAAAGGUGACGUGACGAUGAUGAUGAUCAUCAUGAUGGUGCAUGCUGUAUGCAACGGUAUAAAAAAGAAGCUCAGUGAGCAGUUGGAGCAUACAAUCAUCAAGAUUACCACGACUGAACUUCUGCUAAUAGCGUCAUUUCGGUGUGACUUUAUCCAAAUGAAGAGUUUGUCGCUGUGGAUGUGUGGACUUCUGUUCAUCAGCCUCACUGGAGCACAUGGACUCAACCACUUUCCAGAAAAUUUUGUGGUGGCAAAAAGGAAUGAUGCAAAUCCAGUCAUACUGACCUGCCAUACAACAACUGAUGGAGCUGUCACAUGGAAGUUUCAUGGUGAAGAGACAAAGAGAGAUGUCGAAUUGGAGGACAACGUCCAGCAGAACGGUCAAAAUCUGUCCGUCUCAGAGGUCGAUACACCCAUGUUGGGAAAAUACAGCUGCUGGAGAGGAAAAGAAAUGUUAUCAUCAACUUAUCUGCUGCUGGCACCUGAUGAGGACGAAGAGUUGGAUAAUCUCUCUUUCAAGUGUCGGGCAAAGUCUUAUGACUGUAACUUCAGCUGUGACUGGACCCAAACUGGACAAACAGCCAUGCGCCUUGGACUGGGCAAUGAAUGCAGUGAACGUAGGAAGUCGUGUCAUUGGGUCAGCAGUGAUCGGCUUGUAGAUGGGACAUUCCACUUUGAGCUGUCCCACUCCCUCUCACCCUACGCUGAGGAAAGCACCAUGCUCGAACUCACUGCUGAGGCCAUCGUUAAUCUCUCCAUCUUCAGGAAAACCAAGAGAUUUUAUCUCAGAAACAUUGUUAAACCCGAUAGUCCCCAGCUUGUCAAGUGUCAGGAGGAAAAAGAGGGCCUGAAUGUGACUAUUGAUGCACCAUCCAGCUGGUCAACUCCGCAAAGCUUCUUCCGUCUGGAACAUGAGAUUGAAUAUAUGUUCAAAGAUGAUGGCAAGACUGGACGUUCUUCAUCUAAUCUGAUACCAAAGGGGAUCAGCAAGCUGAGGGUUCGCUCCAGAGACUCGUUGGUGCCCUCAGCCUGGAGCCAGUGGACUCCCUGGAAGAAUGUGAUGGCAGGGGAAAAAAACCUAUGCAAAUGCAAAAACACAGCAAAAUCUUGCUGCCCAGAGUUGCCAUCUGGGUACUUGGACAACUGCAAGAAGAGAAGGAAGAAAAUAAAGAACAAUAAGCAGAGACAGACAUCUUAAAAAAAAUGCUUAAUUAAAAUAUGCAUUGCAACUGGGAUUGUGCUGGUGUACAAACACCUACAAAAACAGUGGAAAAUUAUUUGGAUGUAUUUAUAUGAAGUAAUUAAAAUUGUAUUUGCCACUUGCACGAACAAAGAUUCAAUACUGGAGACACACAUAUACUCUUGCAAUAAAUCUAUACCUUCAUGAAGUAGUAUUGCUCAGUUUUUGUUAAAGCUGUCUGUAUAUUUAUUUUACUACUAUUAUUAUGCAUUCCAUUCAUGGAAGGUGAAUGCAUGGUAGUCACUUUUAUAUGUUUAGCAGCUGCCAAAACUGAAAUGUAGUGGGAACUUUAUUACUAAACAGAGGAAUGAAUGUAGUUCAGUUUGUUUUUUCAUAGUGCAUUUUAUUCAUAGGUGAGUUACUGGUUUGUAACAAAUAAUAUCGUCUU